UAAAUGUUUCCCCCCUCUGCCCGGAACUACAGCAACUCUUUUUCGAGUCUGGUUUUUUUAAUGUGACUUAUCUUAAACUUAUCUUCGGCGACUGGACACACGGAGCAUAUAAAAACAAUAACAACAUCUACAGAAUGGCGUCUCCCCACGAGCGCAGCGGGAGGGGCGAGGACGGCGAGGACGACCCCGUGGACCGCAUGAUCUCCCGCACGGGCUGCGCCGAGCUGCACUACGCCGUGCAGGAGUGCAUGGCCGAGCGUCAGGACUGGCGGGCGUGUCAGGACCACGUGCGCGCCUUCAAGGCCUGCAUGCUGGACUACCAGCAGACGCGCGCGGAGGAACUGAGGCGGCGGCCGGCGAGCACGGAGACCACGCCCGGCUCUGGAGGAUAAAUCCCAAAGUUGUUGUGACCCGGGAGAGUUCCAGUCACUUAUUUCCUUCAAGUGGUGAAACAAACAAGUGGAGUCCAGGGAGCACUCUUGUGGCAACUUGACUCACCUGAGACCACUCUUGUUUUUUACUGCGCUCUCCCUCUGGGCUCACUAAUUGACCCUCAGGUGAGACACACACACACACACACUCUGUUGUUUUGUAACUUCCACACGUCACACUAAAAGUUUGAACUUGUUGUUGUUGUCAGACUUCUUUAUUAUUUUAUUCCAUUCCUAUUUGAAUCAACACUUUGACUCCUUUAGAAGGUUCUAAACCAGUGGUCCCCAACCACCGUAGACCAAU